AUGAGCAUGAUCGACAAUAUGAACGAGAACAACAACGGGUUCACGCUUGUUACCGUACACAACUGCACGAUCGAGGUCCCGCCCUGGUACACAGUCUCGCACAUAGUCUACGGCAAGGUCGCGGGGCGAGACGGGAGGAUGUACAUCCGCAUGAACUUACCACGGAACGACAUCAUGGUCAAGAUCGUGAGUAGCAGCGCGAGCGAGUGCUUAGUCUUGGUGUUGGACGCGAACAAGACUCAGAGCACGGGUGAGAACGCCACCACGCUCGUAAUCAACGACAAUGGCAACAACAAGGUUGUGGACGACCCUAUGAAGAUGGUUGAGAUCAAGGGUGGGACCACAAUCACGUGUGAGUCCCUGCUCGCGGUAAAGGUGCUGGACGCGAGCGACGUCGUGAUUGAACUCGCGAACACGACCGAGGACGAAGUCGGAUUGUGCACGUGCUUGCUGCAGACUAUAGAAUCGGUUCUGGAAUGA